CCAGGAAAUUAAGGGCCAAGAGACCCAGCAGAAAGCGAAAAACACAAUCAAGGACCCCCACACUCGCACCCACUGACAUAUUUCUAGGAAUCGGACUUCCAGGAAGGGUGUUUCCCGCCAAAACGCGAAACUCAAGGCUCUUGAGCUAAAAAUAGCAUCGAGGAAAAUGGUUGUCUUUCCUGGUUGCCGACGUUGGCCUUCUCGGAAAAAUAUACAAAUCCUGGCAAGAUCAGCUUAGAGGCUGUGAUCAAUCAGGAAGGUGACAGUCAGGAUAAGCGGGCCCGCCGAUGUGAUGUACCAUCCCGGUUAAACGUGCAACUAUGGUAUACGCGCCAGACCUCCGCGACCGCAUGAAACUCCUACUCACUGAAGUCAUUUGUCAGAUUUGUACGAAAGAAGUACCUCACAAGUACCAAAUCCACAUCGAGGGCACGAUUUGUGUCACGUCAGAUACCCAUCCAGCUUUCGCUAUCCAGAUUGCGCAGUUGCUAAGCAAGGCAGCUGAUGUGUCGAGUUUGAGAGGAAUGUCCAAGUCGUUCCAGCCUGCAGGUGGAUACGGUGGACCCACAACACCUACGGAUAGUCGAAGUUUUGGACAACCUGGGCCUCCAUCUGGUGGAAGUAAUCAACUUAGUCCUCCUGUGUCCGAGUCAGGUGGUGGUGAUCAGUUAUGUAGCGCUCAGCUUUUGGCGAAGAGUGCUAUUUCUGGACACCUGGGGACAAGGUCCAUUCAUGAACAGAUGGAAGUUCCUUCGGUUGAUGGUCGGGACUUGCAUCUCAGGCGGGCGCUGCUGAAUCGCCAUGACAGUGAGAUGUCAGAGCCGGUCGAUAUGAGGGGCUCGAGUCUUGGUGAUGGGCAUGUCCAGCGAGAGAGAACAGACAGCACAAGUGAUGGACACAGUUUAGAACCACUGUCUGCCACGGUGAAGAGAAAGCUUUCAAAUAUCGACGACCCGGAAGAUAUUAUAAAAAACGUUCAGCGCAGUGCACGCCAGAUUUUACGGAAGGUGAGCGUCACUGAAAAUCAGGGUUUCGCUGGGUUGCCUUCCCCACCGGUUAACGAGGGAUCUUCAGUUGAUUAUAACAAGUCCUCAGCACCUCUAGGUGGCACCAGGUCAACCGUGACGACUACUAGUGCUCACGAUGUUAGAGAGGUUAAAGAACCACAUGAUCCACAUCGCGACGGCCCGCUACGUAAACGGAACAAAUUUGAAUACUGCCGUGAAAUUCGUUUGCUGAAACAGGAUUCUAAUGCUGGUUCGGAUAGUCUAAAAGCAGUGCCCUCUGGUAGUGGUGUGGGUAAUUUGCAGCCAGUGAGCUCUGAGCACGUUCAACAACGUGGCACUGAUGUUGGUGGUGAGCAACCAGUUGCGAGAGAUUCACCAAAUGUAAGUAAAGAGGAAGGUGUCGAUAGCAGACGACAAGACAGCUCUUCAGGAAAUGGAGACGAGAAUAGUAAGGAAGAAAAGCAAGAUAGCAGUGAUAAAGAUGUGGGCAAUGACCCUAAAGGACGUUUUACUGUAAAAGACAGAGUACGAAACAUGAUUUUUCAACGAGAGAAAAGCGUUGAACGUUUGCGCACCAAUUCGACUGGAAGUUCGUCUUCUGUGAUCCGUGAUAUUUUGCAAGGUUCCAACACUCCUGGUACGCCCUCUACAGCAAUGCUUGUGCCAAAUUUUGUUACAGCGGGGCAACUUCAGCGUACACCGAGUUUGGAACGCAUCGGUCUGAUGAGGCAGGCGAGUGUGGACACUGAUCUGAAAACACCUACUGUCUUCGCAACUGGGGCGCAUCACAACUCGUCGAAACUAGAACUUCAUGUAAAUACCUCACUCCCAGUGGGUACGCCAACACAAUCUCUGUCAGGCCCGCCGUCUUUUAAGUUGAAAGACCAGAAAAUUGAACUGUUACAAAGUCCAACUUCUCUGCCAUCUCCUGUGAUAAAGUUAGGCCAGCAUGUUGCGCACACGUUCUCUGACUAUUUGUCACAACCAGGCACCGUUAGUUCACCGGCUAUCUUGGGAAUGAAGCCAGUGUUUGCAACCAGUUCUGGUACCCCUGUGGCCAUGGACUACAUGCACACGAACGUUCAACGGCCAUCCGUCCUGCCGCUGCCAUUGCCUAUAACUCAUGCGGAGGCGAAAGAUGCUGAGAUCAUUGGCGAGCCUAAAGUAUGCACCACUGGAGGUCAGAUUCUCCCUGGCAGUCCAGCAUCUGCUCUGCCCUCUAGCGGCCUACCCGUUAACUACAGUAGCAUCCCAAUGGAUAGUGCGGCGUACAAAGAUAGCGCUGCUGGAUACAAAAUGUUAGCCUGGCAGAUGAAAAAUAUGCCGCUGAAUCAGCUUGGGCUGAAACAAGAGCCGGGGACACCUGUAACCUCUGGCCCACCUACGACUCCUGGCAGUACUGAAUCGAAACAUUCACCGGGAGAAGUCAGCGAUCUCGUCAAAUCUAUCAUGGACACUGAGAAAGUAAAACAGUUCAAUCUGGGACAUCUGUCCAAGGAGACUAUUAAUGGUUUGAUUAUUGUUGACCAUGAUACACAGAAGUGUAUUUCUCCACAGGACUAUGUGUACAAAGAUGAGGCAGGUGAGACCCAGGUACGCGCUUGUGAAUAUUGCGGAAAACAUUUCAAAUAUUUCAGUAAAUUGAUGGAGCAUAUCCGGUCACAUACAAAACAAAAGCCAUAUAAAUGCAGCAUUUGUGGUAGGACGUACACCUACAAAGGAGACCUGACUGUCCAUAUUAGACAACAUUCAACAUCCAAACCGUAUGUGUGCGAUUGUGGGCGAUCGUUCGCAUCGAAAAAGUAUCUCAGCGUCCACCAAUCACAGGCAAGGAUUAAAGGACGUCAUGCAAUAUCUAAGGACGAGCGACACGCCCAGUAUGAAUGUUCACAGUGUGGGAAACGAUUCAAAUUUUUCAGUAGUUUUGAUCUUCAUCUUCAGACGCAUCAGACGUCUGGUCCGACUGCUGGUGACCAGUUGGAGAUGUUCGAGUGUCAGUCAUGUAAUCGUUUGUUCAAAGACCAUAGCUUGUUUGUCGAGCAUGUUUUGGAGCACGAGAAUGGUGAACAUCCGAGGAUCAAGUGUGAAGUAGAGGAUGAAGAUUAUGAGGAAUGUUUGGAGCUGGAUGAAGAGGGGAACUCAAGUAUCGAGGAUAAAGACACCGGUGAAACGAGGGGGGAUGAAUCUGAUACAACGCCACCUAAGGGCCAUUGUCAGACUUAUAGAGUCAUACAACCGGUGAUGGAGUCUCCAGACGAUGGCCGAUUGUCGCCAAAAUUGGCAGAACUCAGACCGUUAGUUAUGGGCAAGACUGUUGCGCCAAAAGUUAUGGUGGAAAGUAUUGCGGAUGCGACCAUGCCACCUAUUGUUAGUAAACCUGUGGAGGAGGUCGUUAAUCUAGCCGAGCGUGGUUGUGAACCAGCGCACAUCCCAGUGUCGCUGCCGGCAACGACGGUUGUCAGAUCAGUCUCGCAGCCGUUGAUGUCUGCUGUCCAUGAGCAGCUGCGCACAGUCCAUGGAACACCUCAAAUGGUUCUACCUGGUACACAUGUCAUCCAUCGGCCGUCUGAUUUACCAGGCCUACCUCAGCAGAUCCAAAUCCCAGCGUCAUCGCCAUUCAGCUUGAGCUCUAUCCCUCAAACUUUGACAUCUUUGUCCCAAGCUUUGACCUCUGUGCCCCGUACCCUGACGUCCUUACCACAGUCCCUGACCUCCAUCCCCCACACCCUGACAUCUCUCCCGCAGAACCUUGCAUCCCUGCCACAGACCUUGGUAUCCCUUCCCCAGUCCCUGUCCUCCCUCUCCCAACCCCUGACCUCCCCCGUCUCCUGCCAGCCUCUGUUUGCCACCACCCUCUCCCAGUUGACAGGCCUCCCCGGGCAUACCCUGCAGGGAUUGCCAGGCCAGACCCUUCAGCUCCACACAGUCCAACCCCACGGCAUGCAGCUACUCUCUCUCCAACCGCUCCAGUCCCCAGCUCAUCAGUUCCCUGUUGGCGUCCCAAUAUCAGGCCCUAUCAAGUUUACUACGACUGGAAGUUCUACCCCCACGGUAAGUGCAUUGCCUGAAAGGUCGUCUGAUGUGGGUCCUGUUACAGUAGACACUGGGUCAGUUAGAUCUGAGGCUGCAGCGGCUGUGGCAAGAACAGAGGCUGCAGCUAUUCUGGCCAAGGCUUUUGUCCUGACCACGGAGGGUAACAACUCUACUGCUGAUGCAUCCAAACAAUGAAGCCAACCAACAUAACCUAAUGUGAUGUUGUCGACAUGUGUGAGUUAUGAGCCGCAGUUUCUGUGCGGAACAAACGACUGAACUCGACCAGUCUUGUUAACUCAUUGAUGACGAGUUCUCCGAUGAUUGAUGAGACGUAAUGUUUAUUGUGUGAUGGAUUGGAAACUACAAUGGUCCUGUAAAUUUCUUUAUCUUCUGACUAGGAGAGUUGUAUAUUUCGAGGAGAUUUUGGUUGAAAUGAAUUUGAAUUAAUAGCAAUGGUAUGUUUGUAUGAAUCGGGAAGACCAGAGUCCUGCCAAUGGAUAUGUAUUAUAAUAAUACAUGUAUGUAUAAAUAGAUUUAUAAGUGGUGUUAUCAUACCAGUGAGUUGAUAUAUUACAUCUGGGACAGUUUUUACAUGUUUUAGUUGUAGAAGUGUAAAUCAUGAUUAUUAUUAUUAUCAUAUCGAUACCGGUAAGUCAUCAGUUUAUAAAUUGCAGUGAUUGUGACUUAGAUUAGUCUCGGUCCUUAUCACCAUCUUCAUUUCUUGGCCCAUCAUAGGUUGUUUUUCUGGUUAAAAACCGACCUGCGAAUGAGCCUGAGAAAGGUGCAGGAUUAGAUGGGCUACUUCCUUAGUUAUGUUCAGCAAUCUGAUGUUUCAGGUAGGCCAUGGAAACAUGGGAGAUGGGGCAUUUGUCUGAAUGGCAAGAGUGUACUUUUUCUGGGCAUUUUGUAAAUACUCUUUGUUAAAAUUUGAUUUGUUGAAGUAAAUUGAUUCAACCUUUUAACACCUUCAGCGCCGAACCACGCCAUCGCCAUCUUCAGGGCUAGGUAGGAACUGAAGAGACCAAACGGUAUUUUCAGUUUCUACCUUGCCCUGAAGAUGGCGAUGGCGUAGUUCUUCCAUGAAGUCCAUGAGACUCCGAUAACCGGCUCAAAGGGGAGGGGAUUUGGCCACGUAGAUCUACGUGGUUUGGCGCUGAAGGUGUCAAGGUGGGCUCCCCAAAUCUCUGUGGUUUGCGGGGCUUUGUUGACUUCUGAUGUUACUUUCGUUGACAUUUCUGUAAUCAAUUGUAUAGUUUUUCACGUUGGAGUCGUUAGAUAUAGGUUUAAACUUCAGUGAGACAUGUGACCUGUGAAAUUAAAGAGUCUGCAGGGAUUAUUUCAUGGAUUUAACAAAUACAGUUGUUUACUCAUGAAGUUUAGAGUUAUGUCUGCCAUUCCAUCUCAUUUUGUUUGUUUUGUUAUUGGAACACGGCACCAGUGUACACUCAACCUCUGCAUGUCAAAAUGUUAUGUCCAAGGACUUACUGUGGAGUUGACUCUUCAAGAGCAAACCGGCUGUCUGAGAGGUGCAGUUUUCCUUUGGCAUUAGGUUUUGACAUGUGGAGUGGAGGUGUGUAAACUAUACUUGUUGAUUUUGCAUAUACAUAUUGCUUUAACAAAUAGAAUAAAGAAUGUAUACUUA